CCUGGUAAAGACCUCCACAGUCAGUGAGCAUUGCAUUCGUUAUUUUUUCACGAUCUCCUGACUUUAAUAUCUGCCACAUUCAACAGAUUUCCAUCUGUCUGCCGUCACAUUUGCAUCCCCAACGUCCAGGACCCUUAUUCCUUCCACAACUUGUGUGGAGUGACCAGAGAUCACCCAAACCGAUGAGGUUUUACUGAUCCAGUUAAGAUUGCGUUCCCUUUUCCACAUUUGACAAGCGGAAAGAAUGUCGGAAAGGGCCGAUGAUGACGUCAGGGGGGAGCAGCGCAGAGUGGCCAGGCAGCUAAAGCAGCAACAGCAGCAGAUCCAGCGGGGAGAAGGCUCCACAGCAAUGGCGACUGUUGCGGAGCGCAGAUCCAUGCCUAGUCCAGAAAUAAUGUUGGGACAGCCUUGGAGCAGCUGGGUCAAUGCUGCCAAACUCCACGGCAACGACGGUGCUGAAUCAGAGGAAAGUUUGAAAGAGUUCGGGAAAAAUCGAGAAGCCAUGCGACUGUGCAGAGAUGACAUGCCCAUAUUUGGCCAGUGUCCAGCACAGGAUGACUUCUACCUGGUGAUGUGCAGCCACUGCAGUCAGGUGGUGAAGCCCCAGGCCUUCCAAGCGCACUACGAGAGAAGACACAGCUCGUCCAGCAAGCCCACCUCCACCUUAGCCACCUCCUCACCCCUGUCUCGGAGCAGGAGCAGUGGGACGGGUGGCGGGGGUGUCAGCGGAGGGGCCAUGGGGCGCUCUUCCAGUGGGACCAGCGCCUCGUCCAACUCCAAAAUCCUCAAACCAGCCAAAGAGAAGCUGCCAGGCAUCCAGCAGAGACCUCACUUCCCUCCCUUCAGGAUGCUCAACGACAAGAUCCUGACCCCUGCGGUCAAAGUGGAGAAGAUGCGUCUGAAGUUGGAUUCGUCGGCCAAGAUGGUGCAGGUUCCCUCGGCCCCCUUAUCGUCCUCUUCCUCCAGCAGCACUGUGAGCUCCUCGUCACCCCUGAAGCCAGGCCUUAACUGUCCCUCCAUACCAAAGGCUCCCCUGCUGGCCCCCGGCCAGAUCCCCAACGGCAAGGGCCAUCUCUCCCUUUCUGCCCUGGACAAGAAGCAGGACAACAGCGCCAGUAGCAGACAACACCUCUACAAGAGACUGUCAGAACGUGAGUUUAAUCCAGAUAUCCACUGUGGAGUCCUGGAUAUGACAGCUCGGAAGCCAUGCACACGAUCCCUAACAUGCAAGACACAUUCCCUAAGCCAGCGGAGGGCAGUGCUGGGCCGGAGGAAACGGUUCGACACACUGUUGGCUGAGCACAAAAGCAAAGCCCGGGAACGGGAACUGCAGCACCCCCACCCCCAGCAGACCACCCCUCUCAGGGAACCCCACCCCUCCCCCUCCCGGCUUGCCCCCCACCACGACGCCCACCAGGUGCCUCAUGGCAACGGAGCCACCGACGUCACCAAGCCUUUGGCGUUUGGCAAGCCCAGACCUCACAAUCUUGGUCUUCCACGACUGAACAGCAUUAUUUCUCACGGAGGUGGGGGUACCCCGGGAGACCCCUUGUCGGUCCACGAGUCGCCCCACCCCUCUACGUCCGCCCCCGACGGGGUCUCCCGCCUGUCCAGUGACGAGGGGGAGAGGGAGGAGAGCACAGACAAACUGGACUGUCACUAUUCAGGUUACCACCCACGGCCGGCAGCUUUUUGUACCUUUGGAAGUCAACUGUUUGGGAGAAGCUGCUACUCGUUUGACCGGCGCUGGGAUCGAAUGCGAUGUGCUCUUACCGCCAUGAUGGACAAGCACGUCAACACUCAGAUGUGGAAGAAAAUCCCUUUCGCCUUGGAGAACUCCUCCUCCUCUUCUUCCUCUGCACCGGCCCACAGGACAACCACAAACUCCAUGUCCUCAUCCCACGGUAGCGCCCCUGUCUCGGGCUUCCUCAGCCCCUCCUCUGCGCCCCUUCCGCCCCCCUACACUCAGUCCUACGACAGCAAGUCUGUGCUCUCGUACGGGACCACCUUAAACGCCCGUGCCUCCCCGCAGGGCGCAGCCGACCACCCUGCCUACAGCGCAGCACAGGCCAGACAAGUGUCUUCGUCGCCCCAGAUGCCUUCAACCCACUCCUCGGUCCCCUCCCUGGCUUCAGGACGACCGCUCAAGUCCAGAUCCAGCGUCAAGUCCUUCAGACCCCGGGAGUCCUCCUCCACAGCUGCCAUAACCAACUCCACCUGCGGGGGCAGCAGUGGAGGCAGUAGCCUCAGCUCGGGGAAGAAGAGGAAGAACAGCUCCCUCCCUACAUCGUCUCACGCUACCACCUACUCCUCAGAGUCCUCUUCCUCCUCCAACACCACCCCUUCCUCCUUCAAGAAGAACUGCAUGGUAAACAGUGGCAGCUCAGGGAGCACGUACCACCACGCCUCGCUAGUCCCCCCCUCCUCCUCCUCGUCUCACAGUGGCGUCCACAGUGUGGGACUCAACUGUGGCCCCAACGCCAGGACCAACUCCCUCAGUCUGAAGGCAGAGCCCUCGGGGCCAGCUGGGGUGUCGGGGCCCGGGGUCAGAGGCCCCCCCUCAGGCAGCCCGGCCGAGUCCAUCAAGAGGAUGAGUGUGGUGAUGAACAGCAGUGACUCCACCCUCUCCCUGGGGCCCUUUGUCCACCAGGCCUCAGAGCACCACAGCAGCUUCAGCCAUGCCCACACUGACGUCCGCCUGGAGGGGAAGAAACGCAAGGGCUCCCCCGCUGUCAGCUCCAUCAACAGUGGAGGAGGAGGAGGAGGUUUAGGGGGCGGUGGAGGGGGGCCGGGCAGGCCCAAAGUGGCCAAGUCUCCAGCCAUCAACAACAUCCACAGCAAACAUGGACGAACAAUCCCAGGAGCCACGGGGCUCCCCAACAACUCCCUCAUCCAUCAGCCAAAGGCCCGCCCCUGACAGCGGUGGCUGGGUUCUCUGUAUGGAACCGAGGGGCGGAUGAAGAGGAGGCAACAUGUGCGCUGCUCCGGACUGCACGAGGCCUUCUAAUACGUUACUCUCAGCUUCCCAAGAUCCUCAGGGUGGAUAUGAUCUGGACAGCCCAGUGACGUCACCGUUGUCGUCUAUAGUGUAACUAUUCCUCCCAAAGCCAUGUAGGAGCGCCGUGUGGAGGUGGCAGGCGUUAGCACCCAGGGUGGGUCACACUUGGUCCCCUGUCAGUCAGUGUACUGAGGGAGGUAUUCCUAUGGGGAAGACAGGAGAGAAAAGGAGGGAGUAGCAGCCUGCCUGCCCUUUGACCUAAUGUUGGAAUUCCAGAGGUACGGAGGAAGGGAAAAGUGCUGGCACAACAGCCAUGGCACUGCCCACCUACCGUCAUGACGUAGAGCCACUGGGAGUGACUGGAGAGCCCUUAAGCCGCAAUCCGUUGGUUUCCGACGAUCUCUUCCGUGCGUGCGUGUGUGUGUGUAUGUGUGUGUGUGUGUGUGUGUCACUUUAGAUUCUACUGGACUACUGGAAAUUCAAAUGUACACCUCCACGCCUGAACUCAGAAGCCUUGGAAGGAGAGGGCAGGAAGAGGAAAAACUGUCAGUUGCAACACUUCGAACACAAUCACAUUGUUGUUUUUUAAUCCUUUCACUACAUUUUGUCGGUUGGUUUUAAUCAGUGUGACGUGUGCGUACAUAACGUCAGGUUAUGUACAGUAAGUAGCCAGAGAUGAACAACAUGAGGAGCAGAUCCAGUCAAUUCUCUAUGUGAGUUCCAUACAUGACCGAAACAAUUAUGCAAGUGUUACUUUUUUAUGUUUCUUAUGUUUUUCACUGAAUUUACCUACAAAAGUCUGUGUGGAGAUGGGGAAGAAAGUAAAUUGUGCAUGCAUAUGUGAAAAAAGGAUGCCUGAUACGACAAUUUGAUUGAAUGGUUGUGAAAGAGGGAGUACUUGUCUUGAGGACAAGUGUUAAUUCCUACAUUAUUUUCAUCUUACAAAUGAACAGCUACAGUAGACCUAGCCCUAACUGUGAACAGCACUAAACAAACACAGACCCACUACUUGCUUUAGGACAUUUAAGUUGUGCUUAAUUGCCCCAAAAGCAAUCCAAAGGCAGCCAUCUGUUUCUCCCACCCUAGUCUGUAACCACUACGCCAGCUUCGGCUAUUGGCUAUUAGGGUUUCCAUUCCGGUACAAUAUAGUGUUGUAGUUUGUGAGUAGAGGGGUUUGUCAUGACUCACAUCACACUUGUCCUUCGUCAAAGCACGGAGUCUUAAACUGGCAAUACUUCCCCUUGUCUGUCUCUCUGAGAUGAGAUGAUGCUCCUUGGGAUCAAGUGGUGUUUUUUUUGGGGUGCGAGAUUCAUGGAGAUGGCUUCAGAGUAGGUUACUACUUUUUUUGUAACUCCUGUAAAUUUCGUAAACUCCACUGAUGUCAGGCAGCGAGCGUAGUUGAGGAGCCGAGUGUUUUCUAUCUUACUUUCGCUUUUUCUUGUAUGUAUUGAACAAAUAUCGAAGUAUCCCUAUUUCAGAAUACAUAUUUUGUUAAUGAAUUGUACAUAUUGAAAUAUGUAUUUUUGCACAGGCAUUUUCUUAUACAGUUUGUUUUGGUACAAUUGAGAUCAUUAUUAUUUAUUUAGUAAAUGAAAUAAGUUUAAGAACUUAACUUAUUUGAAGUGGUUCACUGCCAAGUCUAUAAUGCAAUACGCCUAUAACUAGAGGUUAAAGCGUCACAUUAAUCAUGUACUGGGAUCCUUUUAAAACAGGGGUGUCAAACUCAAUUUUGCCCCGAGGGGCACAUUCGGUCUUCAACGAGGUGAAUGUAGGUGUAUUCUCAUUUCUACACAGUUUCGAUUUGGUUUUAGUCCUUUUUAAAGCAGGGUUCCCCGAAUUAGGCCCGGGGGUGGUUUUAUUUGGCCCCUCAAGUUUUCUGAGCAAAAAACAACUUUUUUUUGUUAUUUUAUUUUCAUUGUUGGACAUAAGGCUGUAAAAAUACCAGGAAAUUAGCUCCAGGUAAUUUUAAUUUUGUAAGUCUGCUUCCAAGUAUUCCCACACUUAAUAGAGAUGUGAUCAUAUACAAAUGUAAGCAAGGUUGUUUUAGUCAAACAUGAUAUCUGUUCAGGCUUCUUGCGGUCAAUUAGCAAUCUACAAAUUAUUAUUUUUAUGUAAUUAUGUUCAGGCCUCCCGACCAUCUGCUCAAGAAAAGAAUCGGCCCGCGGCUGAAUCUAGUUGAUGAUCCCUGUUUGAAAGUAUAUUGAGUUUGUUUUGUUUUACUCAAAUUACCCCUGGGCUGGAUUGGACCCCCCUCCAUAUGUUUGACACCCCUGCUUUAAAAGGUAGUGUUGCCACAAGCAUGCGUUUGUGUGGCAGACAUUACUUUGUUGUUAACUCUCCAAGGUCUCACUUGUGCUUUUUACUAUUUUCAAGUAGCCUCUGAAUCAACAAAAGAAACAUCUUUUUUUUUUUUACCCAAAUAGCCUGUGAUUCUGAAAUGUCCCGCAGGCUGAAAGCUGUGCCCAUUGUCUAAGCGAUUUCCAUGGAUUCAAUCAUUUACCUUUUUAGACGAAGACCUUGUAACAUUUCAUAAUUUGAAACACUUUCCUUUAAGGCUGAAGGGACUUAGCAAUCAUUAAAGCAAGGAAGAUGAACACUUCAAACAGUGGAACUGCUUGCAUCAUUGUUGCCAAACUUAAUUUGAAGCACAGCGUUUAUGGAAAUUCUUAGUUUGCAGCUUUUAGAAAUGCUGAAAUAAGAAAGUGCCUGCAUUUGUUUCACACUGACUGUUUGAGGACAGAGCUUUUUUAAUUUUAGUUUUACCUUACUUGAAUGUUCAAAGUGUUUUAGGAGCUUGCUUUUAAAAUAUGCCUAUGAACCCUAAAUGUGGUAAAAACCUGAUAGCUUGUCAGCUAGCUGGUAUGAAACACUUUGGCCUCUAUUCAAGCCGUAUCACGGAAGUUAAGCGUUACAUUGUCGUUGAAAUUUAAAAGCAAUGUUCCCUUAUUAGCGUAGACUGCAUUCGUGGUAAACACUGCAAAUGUUUGCCUGGCUACCCAAACUCCUUGCUCCGGGCAACCGCUACGCCACACCAAUGGAUGUUUGUUUCUUCUCCGUAAUGAGUCUGGAGCUGAGUACCUCCCUGAUGAUUUCUAGAACGCAAACACAUUCUAACCCAGGAUUUCCCAAACUCGGUCCUUGGGACCCCAAGGGCUGCACUACACAGCUGAUUUCAAAUAAUCAACUAAUCAUCAAGGUUUGAUAAUUUGAAUCAGCUGUGUAGUGUUAGUGUAAAAAAACUAAACGCGCACAGAGUUUGAGAAACGCUGUUCUAACCGUUCUGAAAAUUCGUCAUUGGCUUUGAUACUCUUGAUUGUUUAGAGAAGAUCCAAUCGCUGAUGACUUCUUGUAUAACACUACCACAAAUGACUUCAAUGAUGGCAGUCUCAUACUGAAGUAUGUAGCGAACGAAAUAAUUCAGUUUGAGUUGUUAAUCAAUGCAUGACCUUUACAUUUCCAUUGUGCAAUCUGUAACGCUUAAAGGAUCCAGAUUGAAUAGAGCACAUAGUGUUAACCGUUAUUUUUAUCAAUGUUUUCCAGAUAAGAGACGUCAGAUCUUGGUGCAGACCAGGGGGUGUUGAAGCUCCCUGGUCGGUUAUGAGUUGUUUAACAGGUUCAGUAAAGUGUUUUUGUUUACCCUCAACCUCCACUGACAACGCUGACCUUGUUUCCAUAUGAUGGAAACUUUGCAAAGAUGUUUUUAUCAAGUACCACAUACUUGGAAUGUGAAAGUGAGAUAGAACACAGCUUGCUUGUGGGAGGAAAAUAUUUUCAGUACAAACUCCUAUAUAAGAGCGUGUAUAGUUUUUUUUUUUGUAAACAUUAUCAGAAUCAUUUGAUCAGCUGGACUUUUGUGUAUUGGCUGCUAUGUAAUUCAUGAACAAACUUGUUAGGUUAGAUUUACUUAAUAUUUAAGAUUGUAUAGUCUUUGUUUUGUAACAUGUUUCUGUAAAUAAAAAAUAAUUUAUACAGCUAUUUAUACA